AUGUCAGUACAUAGGACUGUUCAAAAGCGAUCCAAGACGAACUCAAGCUCGAAAACUGUGCAUGACAACGAUGCGCCGACGGCCGGCGAGCGAAAGCAACAGAAGAAGCUGAUCGUCAAAUUUGUGGCUCGAGUCCUCGAAAAAGGACCGACCGGCCUACGCGCCGAAUUUCAGAGUAUGAAGCGACUCAAUGAUUUUGAGAAAAUGAAAGCGUUCAAGGAAAAUCAAGAAUUUGGAAAGAAUCGUUACAAGGAUGUCGGAUGUUUGGAUAACUCGCGCGUCAAGCUUUUGCCGCCGUGGCCACACGAGUAUAUCCACGGAAAUUAUGUGUCAACAACGACGAACCCGAAACGGUUUAUUUGCACGCAGGCGCCUUUGGAGAAAACAUGCGCCGAUUUUUGGUAUAUGUGCUUGCAAGAGCACGUCGACGUCAUUUUCAUGUUGUGCAAUUUCACCGAGAAGGGCACCAAAAAAUGCCAUGAAUAUUUUCCGACGAAAGAUAAGCCGGACACAUUGAAUUUUGAAGAGAAGGGAAUGAAAAUCACUGUGAAAUACGAGUCGUCGAGAAUGGUGAAAUUCAAGGGAAAAGACAUCAAGGCGAAAGUUUGCGAGACGGCGUUGACGGUUGAAGGUCCCGAAGGAAUGAAUGGUCGCGUCACUCAUUAUCACUGGAUUGAUUGGCCCGAUCGUGGUGUUCCGCCGGCGGAUUUGGCGAUUAUUGAGCUGCUCGAGAAAUCGCGAAAAUCGCAGGGUCCCAUUGUUGUUCAUUGCUCGGCGGGAAUUGGCCGCACUGGAAGCGUUGUGAUGAUUGAAUACGUGAUGGGACAAAUUUUGUCGGGACAACAAAUCGAGGAGACCGACAAGAUAUUGUUGAAGAUUCGCGAGCAGCGGAACAACUCGGUUCAAACGGACCAUCAAUAUUUGUUUGUGCACCAGGUGCUCAUGAACUAUUUCCGUCAGCGGAAACUGCUCGACUCGUCGGUUGAAGGCCACCAUGAUGAUUUCACCAAAGUGUAUUUGAAAUUGGUGAUUUGA